CGUAUGAGCGUGACGUGUGGGCCCCACCCCCUCAAUCCCAACAGCUCACGCCGCACAAAAAAAGGAAAAGGAAAACCCACCGCCACCGCCAUGUCCAUCUCCUCCAGCUAACGUCGCCAUCACGCCGCGCCGCCGCUUCCGCCAUGCCCGCCGCCGACGCCAAGCCCCGCCUCCAUCUCCCCCUCCGCCCGCUCCUCCUCAUGUUCAUCCCCUUCCUCUCUCUCCUCCUCCUCUACUCCUACUCCUACUCCUCCCCUCCGCCCGCCUCCGUCACCGUCGCCGUCGACGUCGACGUGCCGCUGUCCCCGACCACGCCGUCCCCGCACAUCCGCAUGCGCCGCGCGGGGUUCCGCUCCUACGAGGACUACCUCCGCCACCAGCUCAACAAGACGCUCGACCCGCGCCUCCGCCGCGUCUGGGCCACCCGCGACUGGCGCCGCAAGGUGGACGCCUUCGCGCGCGCCUUCGCCGCGCUCCGCGACGGCGGGCGCGGCGCGCUCCUCUCCAACUCCUCCCGCGCGCUCUGCGUCGGCGCCCGCCUCGGCCAGGAGGUAGCCGCGCUCCGCCUCGUCGGCGUCCGCGACGCCGUCGGCAUCGACCUCGCCCCGGCGCCGCCGCUCGUCGUCCGGGGCGACUUCCACGCGCAGCCCUUCGCCAACGACACCUUCGACUUCGAGUUCUCCAACGUGUUCGACCACGCGCUCUACCCGGACCGCUUCGUCGCCGAGAUCGAGCGCACCCUCCGCCCCGGCGGCGUCGCCGUGCUCCACGUCGCGGUGCACCGCCGCGGCGACAAGUACUCGGCCAACGACCUGCUCGACGUCCAGGGCCUCGUCGGACUCUUCCACCGCUCGGAGGUGGUCAGGAUCUCCAAGGUCGACGCCUUCGGCCUCGACACCGAGGUCAUCCUCCGCAAGAAGAGGUCAUCACCCUAACCACCACCACCACCACCACCGCAUGCAUCUCUCAUUUCUCAACACACAAUUCCAACUCCAAAACCGAAACAAAAAAGAACAAAUUUUUCCUCUAAUUUUCACACCGAUUUCAAAUUUUUUGGUCGAUUUGUUCAAUUGUUCUUUGCGAAGCUGCAAGUGUAGUUAGUUAAUUAGGACAUUAGGUAGGUGAUUGUUUUUUAGGACAUGCAUGCAUCCAUAUGUCCAUUGCUGCUCUUCAUAUUAGGCAUCAAAUUAGCUAUUAGUACCCAAAAAAAACAUGAUUUUUUCCCGGUAAAAAGAAGAGAAAGGAGAAGAAUGAAAAGAGUGUGAUUAGGUUGUCACUUUCCCUUCUUUUCUUGGUCACUUUCACCAAUUGUUCUUCCCUUUUUCUUUAUCUUCUCCACUUUGCGGAAAGAUUCUUUGAAUCGAUUUGGGUGGAGUGCGUGAUCAAAGUCAUUGAGUAGCUGUACUAAUCGAGUAGCUCGUGGGCAUAAUUUUGCCCGUGCACUGCACAUCAGCUAGAAUAAUACUGUCAUUGACAUUUGCAGCUAGAACAGUAUAGAGAUAUCGAUGUGGAUGCCGUAGCUGUUGUGUGUGAGUUGUAAUGUGGGGGCUAUAGUACGUUGGAAUUUUGCAAGCAUGCAUCAUGUCAUGAUGUGGAUCAUGUAUAUUCUCCUUGUUUUAUGUAUAAAGAAGGAAAAUUCACAUCCUUUUGUUCAUUUUGUGCAAAAAUAUAUAUGUGUUGUGGGAGUGACUGAAAACUGAAAAGAAAUU